GCAGUUCUGAUAAUUCGAAAGUGAAAGUGAAGAGUGAAGUCUUUGACUAGGUCGAUAGGGCAUGAUGUUUGCCACCGUGGAGUAGAGUGAGUGAGUGAGUGAGUGAGUACGUACAAUCAUGUAUGUGGGUAGUUCCACUGUGCAGCACUCGGCAAGCACUUUUAAAGCAGUCAUUUCCACUCCCACGCCAUCUAGCGGUCGUCUUCCCGGUGUCAAUGUAUACUUAGCAGUGCUGACAACUUUUUCGAAUACAGAAAUUAGCAUGUUUCGAGCUUGAUCGAGCGAGCACAACAAUACUAUGCCGAUGGAGUUGUCAGUGGUGAUAGGAUUAGCACCAGAGGAAGGAAAUGUCCCCUUGAUACAACUUACUUGGCAGUGACUUGAAUGGGUAUUCAGAACAUUUUUGUGCGCGCAUUAUAAUACAGGCAGCGUAGCAGAAGCUUGGAAUGCUUCCGACAGAUGGAAAGCAACAGCAUGGCUGACUCCCAGGGAAUGGGGGCUAGGAACGCAGGUCGCCGCUUGGCCCGCUGAAAAAGUGUGUAGACUCGACGGCUGUGAGUGUUCUCUCCAGACAGGCGCGAUGGGAAUCAUGAUGGUGGGAGCUUGAGCGAACACGCGUAUGUGGGUGUAAUGAUGCGCUCAGAUUGGUGAUCACAUGGGUACACAGGUAGGCCGUAGGGUGGGCGAGAUCUCUAGAACACGCCAAGGGCAGUAUGACGUCGUGGAGGCCCUCUCGAGACGUCGACGGUCGCAGUAAGAAAACCAAUAGGCGCACCAUUGACUACUACCACGUUCUGUUUGGCCAUGGGUAACGACUGUAACUCACCCCAGUCCUAUCCCGGUACACAUGGCACACGCAGCACACUCCCCUGCGCGGGGUGUGCCCGAAAGAAGCAUCAGAAAAGCCCGACCAGUGACUUGUGCUUUCCAUUACCAACUUUGCUUCAUUGCCUGCAGAGAUAAGUUCGUCUUCAGCGUCUUUGUAAACAGCAAAGAACGAUCAGUUUCGGUCCAGGAUCCAACUGCUCUGGAGAAGAAGCUUGUACACAACUCUAGCCGAAGAUUUCAGACAUAACAGACACGGACAUUGCCUACUUUGCCUUGACUUGCAACCUAUCCCGACUGGCAUUCGGUGCCCUCCAUCGAUCGCUGAACAAAGGCCUCCCAUCACCGGUGUCAUCUUCAAGUACUCCCCAUAGUUCCGAUCAGGAGGAGGAGGAGGAGGCUUGUUCGAGAGCUACUGCUAACUGACCUACAAGGUCUUCUACAAACCGAGAAUGCUGGAUAUUCGUGCCAUGCAGACGGCUGCAUUCUGGCGGGCAGUGGCCGCAGAGUUCAUUGCCACCUUCUUCCUGGUGUUCGUGGGGUGCGGUUCGACGCUACCGUUCAGACCCGAUGAAAGUCUGGACAUCGUCAAAGUGUCACUGACGUUCGGCAUAACCGUUGCUGGAUUAGUUCAGUUGUUUGGCAGUGUUAGCGGUGGCCACAUCAACCCCGCAGUGACAAUAGCCAUGCUGGCAACAGGCAAUAUCAGUCCAAUCAAAACACUAUUCUACAUCCUGGCUCAGUGCGUUGGUGGAAUCUGCGGCGCAACACUGCUGUAUGCCGUGACCCCGGCGCACGCCAGAGGUGGCCUCGGGGCAAACGGCUUGCUCAACGGGACCAGCAUUGCCCAGGGCAUCGUCAUCGAGGUCGUCCUCACAAUGCUGCUGGUCUUCGUCAUCUUCGCUGCCGCUGUGGACAAACGCAACCAAGCUGGCGGCAGCGCACCGCUGAUCAUUGGCUUGACAGUCACAGCGACCAACUUGUUUGGAAUCCCUUACACCGGAGUGUCGAUCAAUCCAGCACGAUCGCUUGGACCAGCGCUGAUCAGUGGACAAUGGCAGCAUCACUGGAUAUUCUGGGCAGGCCCUAUCAUAGGAGGUUGCACUGCUGCCAUACUCUACCAGUACGUCAUCGCCCCAAUGCCCAACGAUGAACGGGAGAAAGACGCAGAGAACGCACGUGACAGUGAGCUACAUUCGACGAGACCACUGCAUCAGUGCCGCAAGAACUCCGUCUUCUCUCUGGGCGACCUGCGCUCAAUCGACACGGAAAUAAGCAGCCCUGUCUAUAUCAACAAGUCGUCCUCCCCAAGCAUGCCAGCCAUGCCAGCUACAAACGCCACCUUCAUACCAAACCCAAUCAGUAUCGAGCCACCAGAAAUCACAGUCACUGAGCCGUCUAAAUCAACGAGUAACAGCAAAAUAUGAGCGAUGCUCCAGUGGUGACAGAACUGUAUACAAACAGGACAGCAUGCGUACCUCGUACAUCUGUCAAGCUACACCGAAAGCUGAACACUCUACCUUAUCUGACGUCGCAGCAUACAGCGCCGUGUCUGCAUGUUGUUGUUGAUGUCUGGGAUCUUCUGAAGCACCGGCACGCACUGUGCUUCUCUUCCUCUCGAACUGUAGCUACAACAAAAGAGCUUGGCUAAAACUCUGACUGACCGUCUCUUCUGGAUUUUGCAACAUACAGAUUCUGUCUCCGUGUGCUGUCGGUGAUGGCUAUGAUCUUCUGAAGCACCGACAAGCAGUGUGCCUCUCCUCCUCUUUCCCUGUAGCUUGCUGGCUAUUAUGUCAGUGGCAGUAUCAUCCAUUCCAUGACACAAGAGUGCAUCUCUUUCUCUUCUUGUCAGCUCGUCAGCUGCUGUCCUCAACAUGCAUACCGUAAUAAGGGAUCAGUGACAUUUUGGUCAGACAAGGGCAUGGUGCUCUGUACAAGAAGUGUGCCGGGAAUGGCUGUAUAACACUUGGCAACAUGUGACGGCACCCAUUGCAACAUAGCAACACCGCUGGCUAUCCUUACUGAAGCACACACUGGCCGCUAAACAAACUCAGCCACAUGCACAACUCACUUUUAAAACAGUUAACCUAACCUCAAAGAAUAGAAUAUACGGUAUGUUGACAUAGAGAUUACAUCAUGGUAAUCAACUCAGUUCCCACUUGACCAGACAUUAGGCUUGCUACUUCAUUUUCUCACUGUACAUGUACAGUUUCAUAUUUUAAAAUCAUGUCAAAGCCAGCUACAGGUACUGGUACUUCAGUAUUAUCUUUCUUUCGUGCAUGAGGAAAUUCCCCAUGUGUGUGAUAUAAGCUUUAAAACUAAAGUUCAAUUUCUUUUGCAACCAAACUAUUGGACCUAAAACACAGAGGCACUGAGGUUCGAAACAUAAUUCCACCUUCCUUCAUGGCACUGAGCUUGAAAAAAAAAGUAUAUGUAUUCUUAGUGUGGAUUCACGAUAAUAAUUAUUAUCACCAACUAGCAAUAUACUUUUAAAAAUCCUG